AUGAUGGAGGCCAAGCCAGCAUCGGAUCUCUCUAUGAUGCUGCGAGAACUACUGGCGCCAUCCUGUCUGGACCCCGAGCCGCUGCCCGGACCCCCCACCCAGCAGGCGCCAAGCACCCCAAGAUGCCUCAGACCCAGUGGCAGAUCCUUCUGGCCUGCACCUCAGGAUUCAGUCACCACCCUGCGCUUCCUCCGAGAAACAGCAGAGGGGCAGGCUGAGCCCCCUGUCCAGGAUACCCAGGCCCUGGGGCCCUGCUGGGAGCUGAAGGCCCUGGGGGUGCUGGGACCCCCACCUCUGGCCAGGGAUACCAGGGCCAUGCUGACCCCUAUCAGCCAGCAACGGGACAGUCUGGGGCCUCUGGGGACUCCCUCAGCCCCUUCAGGCCCACCCCAGAGGAGACCCCGGAAGCAGUCAAACCCACACCAGGGUGCUGAGAAAGUGGACCCCCGGUUCGAGGGAGUGACCCUGAAGUUUCAAAUAAAGCCGGAUGCCAGCCUACAGAUCAUACCCAGCUACAGCCUGGCCUGCAGCAGCCGCUCUCAGGGGCCCUCCACAGGCCCCACUGGGGGCCCUGAGGCCGACCUAGGAGGCAGUGAGGCCCUGGGGCCCCGGCGCUGUGCUUCCUGUAGGACCCAGAGAACCCCACUCUGGAGAGAUGCUGAAGAUGGGACACCCCUGUGCAAUGCCUGUGGUAUCAGGUACAAGAAGUACGGCACCCGGUGUGCCAGCUGUUGGCUGGUGCCCAGGAAAAAUGUCCAGCCUAAGAGGUUAUGUGGGAGAUGCGGGAUGUCCCUGGGCCCCCACCAAGGGCCAACCCAGGAAGGGUAA